GGAUACUAUGCGUUUACCGCGAGUACCACUUUGGUUAAAAGCACCAUUCAUACUGUUAUGGCAUAUUCCUAGUCGGAUUGGAUAUCGAGUUGGAAGGUGUUUCGAUUUAUCAAUUAAAUUGAUGGGACCAGCCUUAAUACUUUUGGCGUUCUCCCUAUACGGUUUUUGUACCUACACCUACUUCGCGGUAAUCGUCUACUAUUACAAUACAGCUUGGGUCUGGUCAGGGGCUACGGCCAUUGGCCUCUUCCUGCUAAUCAAUAUGAUAUACAACUAUGUCAAGGCCGCGGGGACCUCUCCUGGAGUGCCCCCAGUGUGCGAUCCCGAGGCCCCAUCCGGGAGCGAGAACGAUGUCGAAGAGCUUGCCCUUAGGAAUGCAUUACAGCUACGGUUGGCCAAGAAUGGCAGAGUCUAUCAAGGAUAUGCUAAUAAUGACAGUUCUGAUGAUGACGGCCCAGCAAAGCCCCCUCCACCCUCCUCUCUGACGGCUCCCUUUCCGCUGUGUCGGAAGUGCAACCGAUAUAAACCGGCCCGAGCCCACCACUGUUCAGUGUGUAAAGUAUGCGUACUGAAGAUGGACCAUCACUGCCCAUGGCUGAACAAUUGUGUAGGGCAUCGGAAUUACAAGUACUUUUACCUCUUCCUACUCUACCUAGAGUUAUGCUGCCUUUUUGUCAUUCUGCUGUUCUUCGACCCUUUCAAUGCGGCGAUGUUCCCAGCACGAGGAGCUCCCCGAUGGGACAUCUCCAUUGCCUACAAACAGGCAGUAGCUAUGUCCUUCGUCAUAUGUCUGGCGAUAGCCAUUGCGGUUGGUACUCUCCUCGGCUUUCACACUUACUUGGUGUUAACCAACCAGACCACAAUAGACUUCCAGUCCAACGUACAGGAGGCUCGACUGGCAAAGCAGCAGGGGACACUUUUCAUUAACCCUUUCAACCUUGGGCGGUCCAGAAAUUUCCACCAAGUAUUUGGAGACUAUACUUUUUGUUCAUUCCGGUGGAUGAUACCGUGGGCUAAUUCGAAGCCGGCCCCGAACUGUGAUGGCUACAUCUGGCCGACCAUUGGUGCUAGAGGGCCUCCGCGAGGAGACAACCGCAGAAGCGCUCAUCGUCACAACAACAUUCCCCCGGUUUCUGACAACCCUGCAGAGUGAGUCUACCCGUACAUAUGACACAGUUU